UCUGUUAAACGACGGCGGCGGCGGCAGCGUUUUGUUGUUAUUUAAACAAGCUGGAUUAAUUGCUGUUAAUAAAAAUUGCUACGCCGUAUCAUAAUUUAAUUUGUAUACAAAGUCCAGUGUAAUUUUAAAGUGCAACAUGUCGCUUCUAAUAAAAGCCGCUACCACUACACGUCAGCUCAUUCAUAAGGCACCUGUGCUGCAGCAGCAGUUGCGGUAUCUGAAUCUGUUGGAGUUCCAGUCCAAGGAUUUACUACAAAAAUAUGGAGUUGCCAUACAACAAUUCAAGGUCUUGGAUAACUCCAAAGAUGAUACGCAAGUUGUCCAAUCAUUUGAUUGUGACGAGUAUGUGGUGAAGGCGCAGAUAUUAGCCGGCGGGCGCGGCAAGGGUAUCUUUGAUAAUGGCUUCAAGGGAGGCGUGCACAUAACCUCAAACAAGAGCGAUGUGCUUUCGCUGAGCAAACAGAUGAUAGGCAAUCGUCUGAUUACCAAACAGACGCCCAAAUCGGGUAUUCUGGUCAACAAGGUGAUGGUGGCGCGCAGUGUAAAUAUUACACGCGAGACCUAUCUCUGCAUUUUGCUUGAUCGCGAACACAAUGGACCCGUGCUGAUCGCUUCGCCUGCUGGCGGCAUGGACAUUGAAGCCGUGGCUGCGGAAACCCCCGAGAAGAUUAAGACUGUGCCCUUGAGCAUUAACAAGCCAAUACCAGAGGCCGUGCUGCUCGAGGUCGCCAAGUUUCUGGAAUUUAAAGGCGAUGCCGUUCAACGCUGUGCCGAUGAGAUUCAAAAGCUUUACACACUUUUCAAGGCCGUGGAUGCUGUGCAAAUUGAAAUUAAUCCCUUGGCUGAAACCGACAAUGGCGAAGUUAUUUCUGUGGAUGCCAAAUUGAAUUUUGAUGACAAUGCACAGUUUCGUCAGAAGGACAUUUUUGCCUUGGACACCCGCGAAGAGGACACUGAUCCGCGUGAGGUAGAGGCAUCUAAAUAUAAUCUCAAUUAUGUGGCCAUGGACGGAAACAUUGGCUGUUUAGUUAAUGGCGCCGGCCUCGCCAUGGCCACCAUGGACAUUAUUAAGUUGAAUGGCGGUGAGCCGGCAAACUUCUUGGAUGUCGGUGGCGGAGUCAAGGAGGACCAGGUGGCCAAAGCUUUUGAAAUCCUCACAUCCGAUCCGAAAGUCAAGGGCAUACUGGUGAAUGUGUUCGGUGGCAUUGUCAACUGUGCGACCAUUGCCAAUGGCAUUGUGGCUGCCUCCAAGAAAUUAAAACUGAACGUGCCGCUGGUAGUGCGCCUAGAGGGCACCAAUGUAACCAAGGCACGUGAGAUCCUGAAGAACUCAGGUCUGCCAAUACAGACGGCCACUGACUUGGAUGAUGCCGCGCAAAAGGCAGUCGCCGCCCUCUAAAACUGAAGAUGAAAAUCUUCUCAAUUGUCAAAGACGCACAUGUUUUAGCAUUUAAACGUACAAAACAUGGCAGUUAUGCAUGGAUGGGCCUUUUAUUCAUUUAAAGACUGUAAACACAAUAUAUAUAUAGAUUGUUAUAUUUUACGAAAAUAACUUGUUUAAGUUAAAGUUAAAUUUAAAGUACACUUUUAUAAAGGGACCGCAAGUAA